UCUGAAACUGAAUCUGUAUCUAAUAUGGGGACUAGUAUGAAAUCCAAACUGGACAAGUACUGGGGUGAUCCAGAAAAAAUGAACAUGCUCAUUUUCUUUGCAAAUGUGCUAGACCCUAGAGACAAAUAUGAGUACAUGCCACAUCAAUUGAAUGCUUUGUAUGGCGAUAAGAUAGGUGAGGCAUUCUUUGCAAAGAUAAAGUUGGGUUUGAAUGAGUUGUAUGGUGAUUAUGUUACAAACUAUGAUGUUUCAGUGAGUGGAAGCUCUCAAUUAAGCCCCAGUUCUGUUUCUUUACAAUCUGAGUCAACUGAAAGUAGGCCUGUCUCAAAAUUCAAAGCCCAAUUGAAAAAGCAAAAACAAGAUAGUGGCCUCUUAGGGUUGAAAAAAAAUGAACUUGAACUAUAUUUGAGUGAGAACAUUCUUGAGGAGGACAAUGAAUUUGAUAUACUGAGAUGGUGGAAGCUUAAUGGUGAGAGGCUUCUUAUCCUAUCUAAGAUGGCAAGAGACAUUCUUGCUGUUCCUAUUUCCACAUUAGCAUCUGAGUCCACUUUUAGUACAAGUGGAAGAGUGUUAGACUGUUUUAGGAGUUCUUUGAGUGCCAAAAUUGUAGAAGCACUCAUAUGUGCUCAAGAUUGGUUGAGGAUGUCAAACCAGCCUGUGUCAGUUGAAGAAAAUAUUGAGGAGGUAGAAAGGCUGGAAACAGAAUUAACUGAUGGAAAUGUUGGUGGAGGCUCUUCUCUUGAUCAGAUAGUAGUAUACUUUUUACCUUUAUCUUUUAGAUAUGUAAUAUAUUAUAUUAUUAUUUCACUAA